GUGCUCACCAGAAAGACUCCAUGCAGUGCGCCCUACUGGUGCUGUGUUGUAUUCAUACCCCCAUCCAUCAACCAGUUGAGACUGGAGUGACGGGAAAAACAACAAUGUUCCUGGAAGUAGCCCAUAAUAUUCCCAGAUCUGGAAAAGUAUGCAGUAUGACCCAUAAGCCUUCACACCUCCGAGCGGUGAGACUCUCUGUUCUCUGCUGUGCGCUCCAGGAAGCGCUCUUCCUCCAGUGUGAGCUGCUGCUGCUGCGGCUGGACCAGCAAAAACAGCUUUGAACCGGUUUUGUCGCCGGUUACAAAGCAGUAUGAAACGGAUGCACUAUACUCAUUCUUGAUGCAGAGUGUCUCUUAACACACUGGCAUCAAAGAUUCCAGCUUAGACAGGCGAGGAGUCCAUGUGCGAGUCAUUUGUAAUGAUUCUGUAAAAAGGGAUAUUAAAAAGAAAAACACCCUACAUGGGAAGUUGCUGUAGAACGCGGAGCUCUGCAGGGUCCUGCUGCUGUUUCUGUAGAUGCUGAGGAACCCCUCCCCUCUCAGAGCUGUAGCAGAUCUCAGAGGGUAGCAGUAACAUCGGCACCAUGGCUCCAUCUACUAAAGUGCUGGACGGAGGCUGCUGGGGAUGGGCAAUUGUUUUGGCCUCCUUCAUGGCCCAGCUCCUGGCCUACGGAUCACCCCAGUCGGUGGGUGUCCUGUACCCCGAGUGGCUGCAUGCCUUCCAGGAGGGCAAGGGCAUGACAGCCUGGGUGGGCUCCCUUGUGGCUGGAGUAGGACUAAUUGCCAGCCCUGUCUGCAGUGCCUGUGUGGACAACUUUGGGGCUCGUCCAGUGACCAUCUUCAGUGGCGUAAUGGUGGCAGGCGGCCUGAUGCUCAGUGCCUUUGCUCCCAAUGUCCAGUUCCUCAUCUUUUCCUAUGGGAUUGUGGUUGGCCUGGGUUGUGGUCUGGUCUAUGCAGCCACGUUGACAAUCACCUGUCAGUAUUUUGACAAGAGACGUGGCCUUGCUCUCGGCAUUGUCACCACAGGCACAAGUGUUGGAGCCUUCAUCUAUGCCAGCGCUCAGAACGAGCUGAUUGUGUUGUACGGCCUGGAUGGCUGCCUGCUAAUCAUCGGAGCUGUAGCACUAAACCUCAUGGCCUGCGCCGGCUUCAUGAGGCCCCUUAACAUGCCAGGGUACUACCUCAAACAAAAAGCCGCCCUGGAACGCAACACGGAGGAGCAUCUUUUUGAGAAGCCCCCAUUGGAUGACCUGAAGAUCACAACAGGUUCCCCCACAACCACUCCAGAGAAAUCUCUGACGGCGAAGGAGUUGCUUAUCACCAUUGAUACCAAGGACUUGGCCAUUCAGACAGAGAAGAAGAAACACGGCUUCUUGGCUGGGUUGGCCAUCAUGAAAGUCAUCAAGAAGAAGCAGCAGGCAUACUCCAAGUACAUGCACUCCAUGCAUGAGAUCCUGCAGGACCAAGCCAUGGUGGCCUUCUGUAUUGGUGUGUUCCUGUUCAGCCUUGGGGCGUUCCCUCCUGUACUCUUUAUUGAGGAUGUGGCACAGAGUCAAGGACUCAUUGAAGAAGUUAGUGUCAUUCCUUUGGUAUCAAUAGGGGCCAUUGCCACUUGCGUGGGUAAACUAGUUCUGGGUAUCCUGGUGGACAUCAGGUGGAUCAACAGCAUCUAUUUGUAUGCCUUCACCAUGUUUGCAGGAGGUGUGGCCCUGCUCCUUAUCCCUAUCACUAAGACGUAUAUGGGACUACAGAUCCUUUCUGUCAUCCUGGGUUUCUUCUCUGGAAACUGGUCUCUCACCUCCUACAUUACUACUAAGAUUGUCGGCUUGGACAGACUGACGCAAGCCCACGGCAUCCUCAUGUUCUUCGGGGGAUUUGGGAUCAUGCUUGGACCCCCUGUUGUAGGGUGGUUCUUUGACUGGACGCAGUCAUAUGACCUGGCGUUCUACUUUAGUGGAACCUGUGUGGUGCUGGGAGCCUUAAUUCUCUUUCUGCUCACCCUUCCCUGCUGGAAUAGGAAACACUCCGAGAAUGACAGACCAGAUGUCCAUUACACCAGCAACUGUGACAAAGUUGCCUCUGUAGCCUGAAAAUGAGUACAUUUCAUAAGGACUCAGAGCUCACCCCUACUGUCCAGUAUCUGUCCACUGAUUAACUGUAUGUGAACCACCUCUAUAACGAUUUUUCUUUUUUUUUCUCGACAAUAUAGGGGUCCUCCCCACCUUAUUUCUGCUGCCAAGUUCUAAUAUACCAAAAUACUUGCCAGAGGUUUUGAAAUACAGGCCUUUCUGUACUUUGCCUGCAUUGCUCAGGUUCAAACCAUAUAUUGCAGAUCUUUUUUAAAGGUUAGACUCUGUGUUGAUUUUUUAAAUUAUUACCUCAUUUUUCGAGGUCAACUGAACAAUAUUGUUCAACUCCCCAAUUUGACAUUGUGUUUAUGUAAACUGAUUUUCACUUCGCUGUAGCUCUGAAACCGUGCCGUUCAUAACACUGGGAACAAAAACAUCUGAAACCACUAUAGAUGCACAAAAACACUCCCUGGAAUCUCACAGGGAUUGGACUGAAGGAGGGGGCCCUUUUUGAUAAUUGUAAUUUUAGCAACAUUUUUAUUUUGUAUUUUUUGGUUUAUAUAUAUAUAUAUAUAUAUAUAUAUAUAUAUAUAUAUACACUACACCACUAUGUAUCUUACCAAAGCAUUAAUGAUAGUCAAUGCCUGUCAACACAUUAUGCCUGUUGGAAAAAUACAAAAGCCUUGCUUUAUAGAUAAUGUUUGUUUUCAAGUGCAUUGAUUCAGUUUAUACUUUUUUUAAAAAUGAGUUUGAGUUUCACAUACCUCCUGUUUCUGGAUCACAAACACUUUUUGAAUAAGUUAUGCUGAUUCAAAAACAUGUAAGAACACUUGAGAUGCUACAGUAUUUCCGACAUUAACAGCAUGUUGAUUCUCUUCGUGGCAUGACUAUCAUGACCGGGCUGGUCCUUUUUCAUCAUGUUGUGUGUGUAUAUGUUUGUGUGUAUGUUGUGUGUGUAUGUACCUACACACGCAUGUUCACAUACUUUUGUAUUAGCACUAGUUUGUAAAGUCCUAUGUGCUAGUAACUUUUAUAUGCACAAAACCAACCAUAGAGCUGUAAAAAAUAGUUUGAGGUUUGAAGUUGAUUAUUGUGAUUAUAAUUGUAAUGAAUACAUUGCAAUAGGCUUUUAAGAAUCACUUGAAUGUUAAAAAUACCACUACAGAUGUAUUUUUGAUAGUUCCAGUUUCAGGCGUAAGGAUACAUCUGGGACAUUACUGUUUGCUUUUUGUGUUUGUAGAGGGUAUUUACAAGGUGAUGAGGUGCAAUUAGUCCUGACCUAGAAGGUAUGUUUGGUUGUCACUUUUUACUCUUAUUUUUAAUGCCAGUAUUAUACUAUUUAUGUAUUUCUGCUAUUAUUUUAUUUUAAAAGUGCCAAUAAAAGACAUUUGGAUUUGGAUUUAACA